AUGGUUCGAAAAAUCAUCCAUGGAAUUUUUAAAGUGAUAACUCAGAUAUUGCAGCCGACUUAUAAAUACAAUGUCCACAAAAAUCCAGAAGUUUAUUCUUUAUAUUAUUAUUAUUUAAUUACAAAGACAUUCAGCAUUGUGCUUGUGGCUGUGCGCGAUUAUAAAUAUAACUUUACAUUAGUUGACAUAGGCUCGUAUAGUGGAAAUAGUGAUGGUGAUAUUUUUACCUUUUCUGGUAUUUAUUCGGCAUUGGAAGAAGAAACACUGAAUCUUCCCAAAGGAAAAAACGCAGCGCAGGCUGCUAAAAAGUUACGUGACGUAUAUGGCGAGGAAGCCUUAAAAGAAAGACAGUGCCGCAAUUGGUUUGAUAAGUUCCGUUCUGGAGAUUUUUCACUCAAAGAUGAGCAACGUUCAGGUCGGCCAUUGCAAGCUGAUGAUGACCAAAUCAAAACUAUAAUCGAGUUGGAUCGUCAUAUAUCUGAGCGGGAGAUUGGAGAGAAGUUGAAAAUACCAAAAUCAACAAUUCACGAUCAUACAGGGUGCGGCGAAAGAUACCCCCACAAGAAAAAGUCACAAAUGCUCAAAUCGGGCGAUCUUGCUGGCCACCCCAAAUCACCCCUCAGAGAGACGAGUCGAGUAGGGAACAUUUGCCUCAGUUUCGCCAUAGAAAUGCGGGCUGUAUGCGCUGUUGCUCCAUCUUGUUGAAACCAAAUCUCCCCCAGAUUUGUCUGUUCACUCAACUCCUGCAAUUUAGGCUCAAAAAAGUUUUCCAGCAUGAAAACAUAACGUUGAGCUGUAAC